GAAAUGCAGUCUCUGAAUAUAAUUAUCUUUUCGGAAACCGGUGUAAAAAGUUCAACAUUACAAUCGGCAUCAAACGAUUUUUUAGCUUUUUGUUUUUAAAGUAUUAAUGCAGAAUGUAAACUUCGUUUGUUUUCAGUUUUUCAAAAUGCUAUGUUCAAGUAUCUGACGGCUUUAUCUGUAGCGUGAACCGAUUGUAAACAAAAUUUUAUUUUCCUGCACUGUUUACUUUCGGUAACUCGAAGUAAUAAAAAAUUUAUAUUAUAAGUAAUUUUUCAUUCAUAUCUAACUUUUAAUAUGAGUUCCAAUCAAAGUUUAGAAGAUUCAAUUGAUAUUGAAAGUGUCGAAAAUGAACAUUCCUCAGAAUUUCUUCGAGAAAUUAAUACAGAUAGCAAUAAAUUAAAUGAAUUUGAUUUUGAUCCUUUGUUACAACGACCACCAAAAAUGGAUUUUGAUUCCAUCGGAGAAUUUUGUUUUGAGUCGGAUAUCUUGGCAUUGAAAGGAAACAAUGAUUACAAGAAUGUUUUAGAAGCAAUAGUUAUAUUAGAAGCCCAACGAGAACAAGCUGUGAAAGAUUUAAGCGAUCUUAAGAAUUUGAAAGAUAAAGCUUUGGCUGAUCCCUUGGAAUUUGUUGAAAAGUUAAAACAGAAAGAAGAUAUGGAUAUGCCAUCUGCUCAAUUAAUUCAUCCAGUGCCCACCAUUGAAUGGGGGAAAUAUGCCCUAAGUGGAGAUCCUGUUGCAUUUAAACGAAGACAAAUAUCUAGAAUAGCUGCUGAUGUUAGAAAAAAUUUUAAAAGAAAAAAUAAAAAUAGUGAGAAAGAAAUUGAAACAGAUUGUUGGACUCUUGAGGAAGAGAAGCAUUUGGAGGAAUUACUAAAAAAAUAUCCCCCUGAAAAAAAUCAGAAUGAUCGUUGGGAAAAAAUUGCUGAAUGUUUAGGAAAUCACACAGCUUCCCAGGUAAAUAGUAAAGUCCAGAAAAGUUUUCCUCUAUUCAUUGGAAAGGAUACAUUUCUUUCAAGUGAUAGUGAUUCUAGAAAAAAAAGGAAGAAUGCUGGAUUAGAAGAUGAAAUACAAGAGAAGAAUAAUGGCAUUUCUGAAUCUGGAAGUGAAGAUGAAGAUUCUUUAGACUCAAAAUUAGAUAUUUCAGAUGAUGAAAUAAGUUCAGAUCUACAUGAUACUGCGGAGUAUCAAGAGUUACUCCUGUACAAAAGACUUCUUAAGAAAAGAAUAAAGUCAUCCACUAUGAUGCAACAUUUUGGAUUUAAGUGCAAGGUGUGUAAGUCAGAGCCUAUUGUAGGAAUAAGAUACCACUGUGUAGAAUGCAAUCCUUCAAUAGAUCUUUGCAAAGACUGUUUUAAAAAUUCCCCGGAAAUUGGCGAGCAUACAUCUGAUCACCAGAUAGAAGAAAUUCAUCAUUCUAAUGCUGGGUUUUUAGACAGAGACUACAUGCAUUUUUUGGGCAAUGAUUAUAACUAUUUGGACCCUAAUUACAUGCCAGCUGCUUAAUAUUUUGUACACUAUAUUUAUUUAUUGUAAUAAAAUUGUAAAUAAGAUUAA